AGUCGUAAGAGUGUUCCUAAGUUGUUGUUUUGUUAUAUUGAAUUUCAUUUGCAAAUUCCAAGUUGUUCUUACUUUGGAUUGUAAUGUUAAUGAGAAAUGUUAAUGAGAAAAUAUUUUACAAAUACAAAAUACCGCUGGCUGUUGAAUGUUUACAGUACGAUUUACUAUCAUCGAUUGAUAUUUUGAUAUUAUCAUUGAUAGUUCUCAAAUAAUUUUGAUAAAUUUAAUUUAUCCCACUCUCCAAUAAAUCAGUUGAGAAAUAGAUAGAGGUGAACAGAAAAUAUAUAGGAAUUUAUCAUUCUGAGGAAGUGAGGAUAACUCAUCAUAUUGAAGAGGAUCAUUCGUAGUUCAACAUUCAAUAUAAACCCCCCUUUAAUCAAAAUGGAUAAAUCAUUAAAUUGAAAUAAUUGAAAAUAAUCAAGAAAAUUAUUUCUUAGAAGGAUAAAUGCAUUUCUACUAUUUAUAGUGGAAUUUUACAAAAACUGUACCUAUUCCAAAAUUAUUCUUUUGAGAAUAGUGAAUGAAAUACACGAUAAUUAUCUAAUUAAUUUUUUAAUAUAAUUUUCUCAUUAAUGAUUCUUCAAAUAAAUGCUUCUCUCUUUAUUAAAUUAGUUCCGUUUUCAAUUUAUAUUUCUGCGACAAUAUGAAGGAAUUUGAAAUUGGAAAGAUAUCUAAGGCUGGAUGUGAAGUCAAUGCACUCUUUCAAAUACCACUCAAUGAGAAGGAAGAAAAAGCGGAAGUAUUCAAAAAUAAUUCUGGAAUGAGGAAAAACAAUGAAAAGGAGGAGAAUGGGGAAUACAAAAUAAGUAAUCAACAGUCAGCCGACUUUGACACCGCCCUUAAAGAAACAGGUUAUGGGAAAUUCAACUACUGGAUGCUGGUGAUAGCCCUGCCAGCAUCAUGCGUCACCUACUUCGACACAACUGUGAUGUCACUGGCCCUCCCCGCCGCCACCUGCGAUCUCAGCAUCAACGACUUCAACAAGGGCUGUCUCAUUGGUGCUGCUUAUGCUGGUAUGAUAUUGUCUGCAUUUUUGUGGGGCUUUUUGUCUGAUAAGUACGGAAGACGACGUCUGUUGGUGAUUGGUUACUUCCUGGACACACUUCUCAAUAUUUGUGCUAGUUUCUCGAAGAAUUUCACUGAACUAUUGAUUUUCAAAUUUGUUGGCGGCAUGAUUGUAAGUGGCCCCUACUCAAUAUUCAUGGCUUAUAUAUCGGAGAUGUUUCACGGAAAACAAAGGGAUAGAGUGGUCAUGUAUGUGGGAAUAUUUAUCUCAUUCGGAGGAAUCGUACAGCCAACUCUAGCUUGGCUUCUGAUACCCUUGAAAUUUCACUGGACUUUCUUCAAUGACGCCCUGGAGACCAAUUCGUGGCGGAUGUUCAUGAUUGUUUCAACAAUUCCGUCAUUUCUAUCCGCAUUUCUUUUUUUAUUUUGUGUUGAGAGUCCCAAAUUUCUCAUGUCGAAGGGAAGAAACGAGAAAGCGUUGGAGGUGCUGAAAACCAUUUACUCGAUUAACUCUGGCAAGCCAAGAGAUACUUAUCCAGUGAAAAGUUUGAAAGACGAGCAAGUCCAUCAGCCAGAAUUUGAAGAGGAAACGCCGGCUGAUUCGCACAAAAUCUCUCACGUUCUGUACAGGACUUGGCGACAAUUGACCGCCAUAUUCAGACCACCCUACGCCAGUAAUGCUCUCCUAGUGUUCGCCAUACAGUUUGGAGCACUCAUGUCUUUGAACAAUCUACGACAAUGGAUGCCUCUACUGUUCCAUCGAAUACAGAAAGGCUCUGAAAAACUAGCGGAUGUGACCAUUUGUGAAAUAUUGGAAUUGAAAGAAAGUGUGUCCGCACCUCUGCCACACCUGCCUUGCCAUACUUACACGGUUGAUUCGUUUGUCUACAUUCAAAUGAUCUGCGUUUCCGUAGCAUCGAACUUGGUUUUCAUUCUAGGCAGUUUCUUGGCAGGAAAGAUUAAGAAGAGAAACUUUAUCAUAUGCUGCUACAUGGUGGCCUCGGUUUCAAGCUAUACAUUUGUUUGGGUGAAAGCGCACUAUGUCCUAGUGAUGGCUUCCAUCUAUCUCUCUGCUAUGCUUGCAAGCACUGUUGGACUCAUCGGUAUCGCUGUCGAAUUGUUUCCUACACAUCUCAGAGCGAUGGCAGUCAGCUUGACUAUGACGUUCGGGAGGCUGGGUGUCCUGAUAGGCAGUCUGACAAUGCCGGUAUUCAUGAAUCUCAACUGUUGGGCUCCUUUCACUUUUGUUGCAACAAUCAUUCUAUGCUGUGCAUCAGGUCUUCUAUAUCUCACAAGGAAACGAAAGUAACUUGGAUUGAAAAAUGAUUUCCAAUCAAAAAUAUGGACUCACCAAAAGCCAAAAAAUAAUGGUAUCAACUCAAAUUGAAUUGAGUUGACUAGUAUCAUUUGAUAUCAAAUGGAGUCACUUCAUCAUAAAGUAUGUAUCGGACAAAUUUGAUAUCAAAUAUUUCUAAUUUUGUGACCGAAUUUGGGACUUGAACUGGAACCUGGUGAUUUUCUUGUGACUGUGUAGCCUAAUAUGAUUUAAAUGUUUCAAUAUGUUCCGAUUUUGUUUAUUUCUCGAAACUCUGUUGCUGUUGUAUUCAUGAAUUAUUAUUUCUUUGUUCAUUUUUUGCUGACUUUUCAUUUCAUCACUCUUUUAUCCACUCUACUCUUGCUAGAUAAAUAUAUCUUUGAAAGAGCUGAUGCAUCAAAUUAUGAUUUAAAUUGUCUUGAGUUUCUUCUUAAACUUAUGUUUCCUAUAUAGUAGUGAAAAUAAUAGUGAAAUGCAGAUUUAAGUAUUGAAUUGUGUAUGUGAUUUCAUUUUCCGAGCAUUUUAGUCUGCAAUAAUUAUAUUUGAAAUUGUAAUAGAUAUUGAUGAACUCUGUGCAAUAGUAGUAUAAUAUGGAGAUGGUAUUUUGGUAGAUGAUAAAUCAGAAUACAGCGAGUUUUCUCAACUACAUGUUUAUUUAUUUUCUUCAUAUUUUUGUAUAACCUAAAACGAAAAAAUAGUUCCGGUCGUUACAACUUAUCAAUUUCUAUCAAACUCUUAAUUUUAAUGAUGUUCUUUCAGUGUUUGUGACGAUUUCAGUCACUUUAUUCAAUAAUGAUUCGCAAACAGAAUGUAUUACAACUGACUCAAAACUAUUAUCAGUCAUUAUUAUUAUUUAUCAAUCAAUUCAAAAUUUAAUCAA